AUGGCUUUGCCUGAUGAUCUGGAAGUUUUUGGCAAGUAUGUCGUCUUCAACGGAUUGUUGCAGUUGAUCAUCUACAAAAAGGAGAAGAAUGCGAUCCUUUUCACUUAUCCUCUUCCAGGAUCAUUCAACAGCACUGGACUGGUAGUAUCUUCCAAGCUGCCAAGAUUCUCUGACUUGUAUACACUGUCUGUUGCCAGCGCAGAUCCAAAAUCUGUUUCUUCCAAUAAAGCAUUCCAUUUCACAAAGAGUGUUACCAAGUGGUUCACUCGUGAUGGGAUUCUGGUGGAAGGUCUGUUCUGGAAGGAUGUAAGCAAACUGAUUGAUGAUUAUAGUGGAGAUUCUCGAAAGAAUAAAUGAACUCAAACAGGACGAAUACAUAUGACACGACAGGUCAGACAGCAGUUUGCGCUCAUCCCUUGAAAAUUUUAAGGCAAUUCGAAUUCUACUGGUUUUAAAGAACUCGAGUUCAUAGGAUUCAUGGCCAACCAUUUCUCUGGACAUCUCUUUGAAAACAGAAAUGAAUAUGUAACUUCUUUCCCACCGAGGCCAUUUUAAACCUCCACGCCUCUUAAAUGAGGAUGGCCACAGGCAGCAGCCCAGGUGGUCCACCUUGCUCCCAGGCCUGGCCUGCCAUGUCCCAUGUUCGGCCUUGAUUUUUAGGUUUGUGCAUCCACCCAGGGCUGAAUUUAGGUCCCAUAUAAAGAGCCUGCCCAGAUUCUAUAUCUUUGGAUCAAGCCUGGGCCAAGCUCAGAGGUGCAAGGCUGUUUAUAUGAC